AAUUCCAUCCUUUCACGCCACACCUCCCAUACAAACAAUCUCUCUCUCUCUCUCUCUCUCUCUCUCUCUCUCUAAUUGCAUUUUGGGCCUUUCCCAUUCUUGAAUUUUAGUAAGAAGAUGACAAUCAUCAUUGAACAGCCUCAAUUGGGAAUUGAAGUUGAUGAGAAGCAGAUUGCCGCUGAUUCAAAUGAAUUGAUAUUGGACGGUGGAUUUCUAGUGCCGGAAACAAAUACGUUCGGACACACAUUUAGGGAUUACGAUGCGGAAAGCGAACGGAAGAAGACCGUUGAAGAAUUCUAUCGGAUAAAUCACAUCCACCAAUCAUACGACUUCGUGAAGAGAAUGAGAGAGGAGUAUGGGAAGCUGAACAGGGUUGAGAUGAGUAUCUGGGAAUGCUGUGAGAUCCUCAACUCAUUCGUUGACGAGAGCGAUCCUGACCUCGAUGAGCCUCAGAUCGAGCACUUGUUGCAAACAGCGGAGGCGAUCAGGAAGGAUUAUCCUGAUGAAGAUUGGCUGCACUUGACUGGCCUCAUUCAUGAUCUAGGAAAGGUUCUGCUUCAUCAUAGCUUCGGAGAGCUUCCCCAAUGGGCUGUUGUCGGUGAUACGUUCCCUGUCGGGUGUGCUUUCGAUGAAUCAAAUGUUCAUCACAAGUACUUCGAGCAGAAUCCCGACUUCAAUAAUCCUGCUUACAACACAAAGCUUGGAGUUUAUUCAGAAGGAUGUGGACUCAACAAUGUGCUGAUGUCGUGGGGGCACGAUGACUAUAUGUACUUGGUGGCCAAGGAGAACAAGACCACUCUACCUUCAGCUGCUCUGUUCAUAAUCAGAUACCAUUCAUUCUACCCAUUACACCGAUUGGGAGCAUACAGAUACCUGAUGAAUGAGGAGGAUGUUGAGAAUCUGAAGUGGCUUCAAAUAUUCAACAAAUAUGACCUCUACAGUAAGAGCAAAGUCCGGGUCGAUGUCGAGAAAGUAAAGCCAUACUACCUAUCGCUCAUCGAAAAGUACUUCCCUUCAAAGUUAAGAUGGUGAAGAUUGGAGCAGUCGAUUAUCAUCUCGAAGCGGUUGAUGCGAGGGAGAGGAUUUAUAUACUUUUGAGAGAUGCAUCUUCAUAUGUAAGAUUGUGCUGUAUGUGUAAUAAAGGUGGUCUUCACUGAGGAGAAGAUCACUUCACUUUGUUCUUUUGAAGCUGUAAUUCUCGAAUGCUGCUGUCUGGUUUUCGGUCAUCGAUUGGUGUAAUGCAGAAUCCAUUGAUUAAUAAGAGUGGAUUUGGAAUCCACACACUAUUAUUGUUCAA